CCCUGAGCAAAUGGUGAGACCAGAGGAGGAAUUAUGACACUCCUUCGAAAGAAUGAAUUAAACGUGCCUCCGCGUGUGUCUGAUUGACAGGCCUCUUGGGGAAAGGGCGUAUAAAGGAGCCGGUCACUGCCUGGAGGCAGCGAAAGUCUCUGCUGUCUGAAGCCUUCCCGGCCAGGUCACUCCUCAGGACAGACUUAGAACACUGACGUCGGUCAUCAUUCAUUUUCAAACACACCAGAUCACGUGAACAAACUUUCUGGUGAGACUCGGGCUACAGCUGUGCACUCAACACCCACGAGACUGGUUCUCUCCUAAGUGUCACGGGUGGAGACAGGAUGCUUUGGGCACUGGCCCUGCUGGCUCUGGGCUUGGGGCCAAGAGCUUAUGCUGGUGACCAGGGCGAAGACGCUUCAUUUGACCUUUUCAGCAUCAGCAACAUUAACCGGAAGACCAUUGGUGCCAAGCAGUUUCGAGGGCCUGACCCUGGGGUGCCCGCGUACCGUUUCGUACGGUUUGACUACAUCCCCCCAGUGAAGACAGACGACCUCAUCAGGAUUGUCAAACUUGCAAGGAGAAAGGAGGGCUUCUUCCUCACAGCCCAGCUGAAGCAGGACCGCAAGUCUCGGGGCACACUCCUGGUGUUAGAAGGCCCCGGUACCUCCCAGAGGCAGUUUGAGAUAGUGUCCAAUGGCCCAGGGGACACCUUGGACCUCAACUACUGGGUAGAAGGCACCCAACAUACCAACUUCCUGGAGGAUGUGGGCCUGGCUGACUCCCAGUGGCGGAAUGUGACUGUGCAAGUGGCCAGCGACACCUUUAGCCUGUACGUGGGCUGUGAUCUCAUUGACAGUGUCACCCUGGAAGAACCAUUCUAUGAGCAGCUGGAAGCAGACAGAAGCAGGAUGUAUGUGGCCAAAGGUGCAUCCCGAGAGAGUCACUUCAGGGGCUUGCUGCAGAAUGUCCAUCUCGUGUUUGCAGAUUCUGUAGAAGAUAUCCUAAGCAAGAAAGGCUGUCAACACAGCCGGGGAGCUGAAGUCAACACCAUCAGUGAGCAUACAGAGACACUCCACCUGAGUCCUCACAUUACCACAGACCUGGUGGUGGGCCAGGGUGUGGAGAAGACACAGGAAGUAUGUACACACUCCUGUGAGGAGCUGAGCAACAUGAUGAACGAGCUGUCUGGAUUGCAUGUCAUGGUGAACCAGCUGAGCAGGAACCUGGAGAAAGUGUCCAACGAUAACCAGUUCCUUUUGGAACUCAUUGGGGGCCCUCUGAAGACAAGGAACAUGUCAGCCUGUGUGCAGGAAGGCCGAAUCUUUGCAGAAAAUGAAACGUGGGUUGUAGACAGCUGUACCACAUGUACCUGCAAGAAAUUUAAAACCGUGUGCCAUCAAAUCACUUGCUCGCCGGCCACCUGUGCCAACCCGACCUUUGUGGAAGGGGAGUGCUGUCCGUCCUGUCCCCACUCUUCAGACAAUGAUGAGGACUGGUCUCCGUGGGCAGAAUGGACCGAAUGUUCUGUCACCUGUGGCUCUGGGACCCAGCAGAGAGGCCGGUCUUGUGAUGUCACCAGCAACACCUGCCUGGGCCCCUCCAUUCAGACAAGGGCGUGCAGCCUGGGCAAAUGUGAUACAAGAAUCCGGCAGAACGGCGGCUGGAGUCACUGGUCACCCUGGUCUUCCUGCUCUGUGACUUGUGGAGUUGGCAACGUCACCCGCAUACGUCUCUGCAACUCUCCAGUACCCCAAAUGGGCGGCAAGAACUGCAAGGGCAGUGGCCGGGAGACCAAGGCCUGCCAGGGUAUACCGUGCCCAAUUGAUGGCCGUUGGAGCCCCUGGUCCCCUUGGUCAACCUGCACUGUCACCUGUGCUGGAGGGAUCCGUGAACGGACACGUGUUUGCAACAGCCCAGAGCCCCAGUAUGGUGGGAAGGACUGUGUGGGGGAUGUGAAGGAGCAUCAAAUGUGCAACAAGAGAAGCUGCCCUAUUGAUGGGUGCUUAUCCAACCCGUGUUUUCCUGGAGCCAAGUGCAACAGCUUCCCCGAUGGGUCCUGGUCCUGUGGCUCCUGCCCAGUGGGCUUCCUGGGCAAUGGCACCCACUGUGAAGACCUGGAUGAGUGCGCUGUGGCCACAGACAUCUGCUUCUCAACCAACAAAGUUUCCCGCUGUGUCAACACCAACCCUGGCUUCCACUGCCUGCCUUGUCCCCCACGCUACAAGGGGAGCCAGCCCUUCGGGGUUGGCCUGGAGGCUGCUCAGACAGAGAAACAAGUGUGUGAGCCAGAAAAUCCAUGCAAGGACAAGACUCACAACUGCCACAAGCACGCGGAGUGCAUCUACUUGGGCCAUUUCAGUGACCCCAUGUUCAAGUGUGAGUGCCAGACUGGCUAUGCCGGAGAUGGGCUCAUCUGUGGGGAGGACUCAGACCUGGAUGGGUGGCCCAACAACAACCUGGUGUGCGCUACCAACGCCACCUACCACUGCAGCAAGGACAACUGCCCUAAACUGCCAAAUUCCGGCCAGGAGGAUUUUGAUAAGGAUGGAAUCGGAGAUGCUUGUGAUGAGGAUGAUGAUAAUGACGGUGUUAGCGAUGAGAAGGACAAUUGCCAGCUUCUCUUCAAUCCCCGUCAGUUAGACUAUGACAAGGAUGAGGUGGGAGACCGCUGUGAUAAUUGCCCCUACGUGCACAACCCAGCACAGAUUGACACAGACAACAACGGUGAAGGGGAUGCCUGCUCUGUGGACAUCGACGGGGACGAUGUUUUCAAUGAACGAGACAACUGUCCCUAUGUUUACAACACUGACCAGAGAGACACUGACGGUGACGGCGUGGGUGACCACUGUGACAACUGUCCCCUGAUGCACAACCCUGAUCAGACGGAUCUGGACAACGAUCUCGUUGGAGAUCAGUGUGACAACAAUGAAGACAUAGAUGAUGACGGUCACCAGAAUAACCAAGACAACUGCCCGUACAUCUCCAACUCCAACCAGGCCGACCAUGACAAUGACGGCAAGGGCGAUGCCUGUGACUCUGAUGAUGACAAUGAUGGUGUUCCAGACGACAGGGACAACUGCAGACUCGUAUUCAACCCAGAUCAGGAAGACUCAGAUGGUGAUGGCCGAGGUGACAUCUGUAAAGAUGACUUUGACAAUGACAACGUCCCAGAUAUUGAUGACGUGUGCCCUGAGAACAAUGCUAUCACUGAGACAGACUUCAGGAACUUCCAGAUGGUCCCUCUGGAUCCCAAGGGAACCACACAAAUCGAUCCCAACUGGGUAAUUCGUCACCAAGGCAAAGAGCUGGUGCAGACAGCAAACUCAGACCCUGGCAUUGCUGUAGGUUUUGAUGAGUUUGGAUCUGUGGACUUCAGUGGCACGUUCUAUGUCAACACUGACCGGGACGAUGACUAUGCGGGCUUCGUCUUUGGCUAUCAGUCAAGCAGCCGCUUCUACGUGGUCAUGUGGAAGCAGGUCACCCAGACCUACUGGGAAGACAAGCCAAGUCGGGCUUAUGGCUACUCUGGCGUGUCACUCAAAGUGGUAAACUCCACGACUGGUACUGGCGAGCAUCUGAGGAAUGCCCUGUGGCAUACAGGAAACACAGAAGGCCAGGUGCGCACACUAUGGCAUGACCCCAAAAACAUUGGCUGGAAAGACUACACUGCCUACAGGUGGCACCUGAUUCACAGGCCUAAGACUGGCUACAUGAGAGUCUUAGUGCAUGAAGGAAAGCAGGUCAUGGCUGAUUCAGGACCAAUCUAUGACCAAACUUAUGCUGGUGGACGGCUGGGCCUGUUUGUCUUUUCCCAAGAAAUGGUCUACUUCUCGGACCUCAAGUAUGAAUGCAGAGAUGUCUAGAGGGCAAGCCUGCAGUUCCAUCAAUGUGCUACAGACACUGUUUGCUAGACACGUCGGUCCAUCUUGGCACUUGCAGCUUUUCUUUCUUUCAACAUUUCCUGUUUCUUGACCUUAACCGAGUGGAUCUUCACCUCCUUCAUCAGCAUCAAGUCCAAGUGCCUUCAAAUGACAAGCACCAAGGGAGCUGCAAGAUGAGCAUCUAACCUGCUC